AUUCAAAUAGAAAUAGAUGAUUAUCUUUGAAGAUUCUUCACAAUUGAUUGGAGCCAUAUUCGGAAUCGAAUUGGCAGAUCGAUUGUGGGGCUUGCCCAAUGGUGAGCUAGAUAGGAACGAGAAAGAGACGAUACCACAAAGCACUUGCAAUUUCAAGGCAACGAUGGCAACAAUCGUGUAUUUGGUGGAGGGAUAAGUCGAAUUGC